UAUGGGUGGAUGAUGAAGUGGAAAUGACCGCUUUCUUUCCACAUCGAGAACAACAAGAAAAUCCUAACGAGGAUGAGGACGAUAGCGAUGGCGAUGCCCGCGCUCGUCCUCCUCCUCUCUCCGCCUGGAUCCUGCGAUUCAAGCCAGUGAUCGAAGGUGAGUCUGAUCAGGGAACCACGAGGAGCGGGCGAAUGCGUCGAUCGCGCUCCUGCUCCUCGGUUCUACUGCCCGAAUUCUCGAUCAAGCGGCCCCAGCACGAAGAAUGCCACGAGCCGCUGGAGGAUUGGCUGCUCCACCGGCAUUCCAUUUCUUCCCCUUCUUUCUCGCAGGAUCCCGCCAAGAAAUCCCGUUCCAAUUCCAGCAGCCUCUCUCGCAGCCUCGACAGGAGCUCCUUCCUCCUCGCUCCCAAUUCGUCGGCGCGCGAGGCUCCACGGCGUAUCAUUCGAGGGUUCGUCGCCGCCACGGACAGCCAAGAACCGCAAGAUUCCCUUUGCGGCUUUCUCAAAGCCAAUGCUCCACUGCCAUACAGCAGCUAUCAAGGAUCCAAUCCUCGCGACAAACAAGGAUUGGAUCCAGCAAAAGGAUUAGCAUCCCUGCUCACCGAAUCAUCCACAAAUCGUCACCAAGAACAAUCCCAGCAUGAGCUUCAUCAGGUAGGCAAAACUUCGAGGAGAAAAAUCUCAUUUUGCCUGGUUUGCUUGCAGCAAUCUGGAUCAAACCAGGAGAACUUUGUCCAUCCGGAGUCUGUUCUAACCCGACCGCUCUACACCAAACGGCAAUCCAUCCGCAAGGAAGGGUCGUGGAUCAACCGAUGGUCGGACGAAAACUUGGCCUCGGUCUCUGGCCUCGGCUACGUUCCCAGCGCCGCUGCCAUGGCGAUCAUCAGUAAAUCUUACACGAGCUCACUCACAACACCGUCAUGGUCUAACUCGAUCGAGGCCUGGCAGUCGGACGCCGACUCCAAGGAUGCUCGUCGCUGGUAGCAACUAGGAAACUGUAGUAGGUAACUUUUUUCUUUCUUUCAAAGUUCUCAAAGUUCAUCUGCAUCUGCGAAUAACAUAUUAAAAACCAAGGCAGCGAUUUCGAAAAUGAAAAA